CGAAGAGCAGACGACCGCUAGACGUAGUUGAGAGGGUCAUUCUAUGGAUAAAGUACGUGCAAAUCCUGGAGCUGCUGCCGGCGCAGCCGUCGGGCUGACUGUGGCAGCUGCUGCUGCGACUUACUAUGUCAGGCGCAGGAACAGCAGGGUGCGGCCCAACGGCAAGUUUUCCCUGGAGACGUUGCCCAGCGACGCCUACGAUGCAGUCAUCGUGGGUGCAGGACCAUCGGGCAGCACCUGCGCACACUUCCUUGCGAGUGCUGGUGCCAGAGUGGCGCUGCUAGACAAAGAGACGUUUCCUCGCGACAAGUACUGCGGCGAUGCGGUCUGCACUCCUGGACUCAACAUCCUUGAGGAGUUGGGUGUGCUGAAAGAGCUCGUGGACAACAAUGAGGCUCACUUUGCAGACUCUGGUGGCUUCGUCAGUCCCUCAGGACUCACAUACAUCGGCCAGUCGAAGGAGCGGUUAGGAGGUGCAGCAGCUUGUGCAGUCAAGCGCACCAACCUGGACAAGAGGAUAGCGUGGAAGGCUCGCGAUGUCGGCGCAGAGCUCAAGGAGGGCUUUGAGGUCGGCAAGGAGAACCCCACCUUCAACAAGCAGAGCGGCCUGUGGACUGUCAAGUCAACUGGGGGGAAGACAGUGAAGGGGCGGGUGUUGGUCAUUGCGGACGGGGCGACCUCGAAGCUGGCCAUGCAGAUGGGCUACUGCACAGAGCCGCCCAAGGGCGUCUGCAGCCGAGCCUUCAUUGAGGGCGGCACCCACAACGUGGACUUCGACGGCGUGUGCUUCUACCAGAGGGAGUCGCUGCCGGGCUACUCGGCCAUCUUCAGGCACCCCAACGACGAGCUCAACUUCUGCUACUACCUCAUCCCGUGCGGCAAGGACGGCAUGUGCGGCGACGUCUCUGAGGCGGAUCUGAAGCGGCUGCAUGAGGGCGCGCUGAAGAGCGACCCCUUCAUCAGCCAGGCGGUGGGCCCCAACGCCAAGGUGGAGCGCAUGAAGGCCGCCGCGCUGCGCCUGGGCUCCCAGGGCGUUCCCUCCUCCUACGACGACCACUUGCUCAUCAUCGGCGACGCCGCCGGCCACAUCGACCCGCUCACCGGCGAGGGCAUCCACACCGCCCUCAUGGGGGGCAAGGCGGCGGCGCAGACCAUCCUGGACAUGCGCGCGGCUGGCGAUUACUCCAAGCUCUCCACGCGCAUCUACGAGCAGCGCUGGAUGAAGGCCUUCGGCCACGACUUUGCCUACUCCAAGAAGGGUGCCGAGCUGAUCUACAAGUACCCGAUCCUGCUGGACGCAUGCGCAAACGAGAUGCAGCGCGUGGGCGACUCCAUGAUGACCAAGUGGGCCGAGGUGAUGACCAACAUGCGCCCCAAGACCUACUUCCUACGCCCCGAUGUGGCCAUCCCCAUGGGCUUUGCGAUCGUGAGGGAGCUCUGGGCCCAGAAUGUGUCCAAGCGCCCAGACCUCUACAAGACCGGCGCCAGCCUCUGAGAGCCGCAACGGCUUGCUGGGGGCAAAAGCGUGGAUUGCCAGGAAGAGGAGAUGUGGCAGGCUUUGUCCUGGUGCUCGAGAGGGCAGCAGCUCUGGAGGGAAACGAUUGAGCACUGUUGAACUGCAAUUGGGAUGAAAAUUACGCAGGCGGCAAAUGAGCUUUUGGCUUGUAGCAGCUGUCUGGCAGGGGCGUGGCAUUUCGCGUUCCUCCAACUUUGCAAGACAAGGCCUGGCACUCCCAGAUAAGAUUAUUGUAUCUCGAAGAUGGACCAGCGGUGUUGCAAGGCGACAUUCAUGACUCAUGCCUGAGAGAAAUGAGUUGUCUGAGGGAAUGGAUGUGAACCGUUGAGACUGAUGUUUGGCAGUAUCGUUGAUGUUGUUGCAAACCAAACCGACACGAAUGUGAUUAAUAAUGUCCACCCCCUCUCAUUCCGCUUUCCACCCACAUUAAAAUAUCUUUGUGAUC